AGACAUCCAGAUGAGUUUUCUGGUUGGAAUUUUGGCUUGCUGUGUGACAUCUAUAUUUUUCGGCUCAAGACUCGUAUUCUUGAGGGCAUGCAACGCAAAAGAUGUGGGUCACGGCAAUGGCGAUUCUGUGUGUGGGCUUCUUGGUUUUCUGGCAACAAGCUUUUCCUGGUUUCUAUCCUCUUGCGAUGUUAGGAGGAUUCUUUUGGGCCAUAGGAAACGCACCUGCAGCGCCUGUCAUGCAUCGCAUAGGAGUAUCUGUUGGUCCUCUGAUAUGGAAUAGCGCAAAAUGCAUCACGGGGUGGUUCACAGGACGAUUUGGCUUGCUUGGUAUGAAGCCGACAAUACCAGCUAGCAAACCUUUCAACUACGCAGGACUUGCAUUCGUAAUUCUAGGAUGUGUUAUUUUUUCGUUGGUAAAAAUUCAACCAUCCCAUCAGCAGCAAUCCGAAAGUGAAAAGAGUAAGGAAUCGGAAGAAAACGGAAAUGCUAUGUCGACUGUCUCUAUUUCUCUUACAAGAGAAGACUCGCGCGAAUGUGACCAAAAUAUUGGGAACAAAGAAAAAGCACUAUGUUUCGGCAUAGCUGUAUGUGUGGGUAUUUGCUAUGGACUCACAUUCGUUCCCGUAGUAUACAUUCUCGAUAAUCCAGACAAAUACCCAGAUCAUCCAAAGGAAGCGCUUGCUUAUGUGUUCUCAAAUUUCUUCGGUAUUUUCCUUACUGCUAAUGCUAUAUUCAUCGCCUAUGCAGUGAAGAGGGGCAAAGAAGCUUACGUCCAUACAGAAAUUGUUCUGCCAUCGUUCUUAUCAGGCUUGUCGUGGGCCAUAGCUCAAUCAUCGUUCUUCAUAGCUGUUCAACAUCUUUCACAAGCAAUCUCUUUCCCUAUCGUCACUGCUUUGCCAAGCUGCAUUGCUUCUGUUUGGGGGAUAGUCUACUUCAAAGAAAUUAAGGGCCGUCGCAGCAUUACAGUAUUUGGCAUUGCUUUUGCAGUAUCAGUGAUUGGAGCUAUAAUGGUUGGCUUGUCGAAGGAGAUUGAAAUAUGA